AACCAUCCCGGAGACGAAGCGUCGGCGGGUCGCCAGCGGAACAGAGCAGAUUCCCGACGUCGCUGUAAACGCGCCAACGUGGGCCGCAAGUCGAGUGAGUUGGGCUGCCCCUCGUAGAGCCAGCCGGCAAUGGCGGCGCCACGAGAGGGCUGCAUUCAGCGCCACAAGUGGAGGCAGAUUUAUAAGGUGUACACCGUGGGAGUCCACACAGCGACGAAUGGAGUGACGUUGACAAGGAGAUGGCUCGUGCGAGUGUGCUAAAAGAUGCAGAUCACGAGACAUGACAAUGGCGCCACCUAUCCGCGUCUGCUCGCCGACAGGCGAAGGGGCGGGGAGUGGAGCAUCAGGUCCGUCCAGAAGGGGCGCCGAGAGGUUUCCCUGCGAGACGUGCGGACAGACGUUUGACUCUGGGCUGAAGAGGACCAGGCACCAGUUUGCCCACCUCGGUGGAGCUUCUCGGCCAUGCCCGCUGCAGUGCUCCAGUUGUCGGCGCACAUUUUCCAGUCGCCUGGCACUGGCCGAACACCAGGCUCGUCACGAGAACAAGAUGCUCUACGUGUGCCCCACCUGCGGCCGGCAGUUCCGCCAGAACACGGGCCUGUGGCGCCACCUACGCACCCACAACCCGGACGCGCCGCGGCCGCGCCACCCCUGCGCCAUCUGCGGCCGGGAGUUCUCCCGCCCCGACUACCUCCGCGCACACUCCGCGACGCACGACCAUCCGCACGAGCGGAGCUUUGUCUGCCAAGUCUGCAACCGCGGGUUCCUGCAGGGCUCGGACCUCAAGCGGCACCGGCUGGUCCACUCGACGGAGUGCCGGUUCCGGUGUGCCGUCUGCGAGCGAACCUUUUCGGACCGGUCCAGCAGGAACCGGCACCAACGUGAGCACGACCCGAUGCAGUGCUACGUCUGCACGAUGUGUGGGACCACUUUUAAGAGGACGUCCAAGCUCAGGGGUCACGUGACCAGGAUGCAUGGCGACUCGACGGUUUCGGAGCUACGCCCCGGCACGUUGAGCACCGGGAGAGCCACCGACGGUACGGCCGUCGUGCCGAGCGGUCCAGAAGCGGUUACGACGGAAAGCGAAGAAGUGUCAGGAGUUUGCGCGAGUGCCAUCUUCGAUUUGUCUUGCGGAGUAGCAGUGCUGUCGGACGAAAUGGACAACGGGCUUCGGGAAGUCUGCAAACCCUCGGUGUCAGAAGAACGGCAGCCCGAACUCGAGACUCGUGGCACAUCGCUGCUCCUUCGGGGCGAAGUCUCAAAUGGUCAUCCCACCUCCCUCGAAACAACCGGCGAGAUCCGAGCUUUAAAUUGUCUGGCCCUGCCCCAUGAAUCAAACAUUGAAAUUCCAAAAUUCAAUCGCCUCUCCGCAUUAAGUGAACUAACGGACGGUGUUCAACCGUCAGAUGAGCCAGUCGGUGCACUUCUGGAGCCCGGUAGUCCUCCGUUGGUAGAAAUAUCGUCUGAAAAGCUCGCGAGUGGCGACAAUCUGCGGAUGUCCGGCGAGUCGACCAACGAACUUUCGGCGUCCCGCGACCUGGCGUCUCGUGGCCUCCCGCUGCCGAGACAGUCCGUCGAGCUUGCAGACGACGACUGCCCUCCGUCGUCCGGCGAGCCACCAGCAUUACCCCAACCCGCCGGCAAGCUUCCGGAAGCCGACUCCCUCGACCGAACGAAAGCGUGCUCGGGCGAUUCUCUAAAAGGAGACAGCACGACGACGGUGGCUGACAGACUCGAGGCUGUGCCGGGAGGUGUGACAGAUGUCCUCCGUCGGUCCCUGGACGACGCGACGGAGGCCCCCAAAAUCGCCCUUGCGCAGGACCCAUCCCUCCCGGAUGGGUCCUGUGGCGAUGCGGACUUUGCGAGCUUCCCCGACUUCGGGAGCCAGGCCUACUACGACUGGCUGGCGGGAUUCGCGUCCGUCUGCAACCUCCUGUCCCCGCCGCUGGACGGCCGGGUCUUCGCCCGGGUGACGCAGGUCCUCAAGACGCUGGGAGACGCGCUCGCUUUGCCGUCGGGCGUCCUGGCCUGCCGGGAGAACUUUGAGAUCCUGCUCGGUAUCUGGGACGACCUCCGGAGACUCGUCGGGAAACACCUGGGCUUUGUUGUGGCGCACCUGCCGGCUUGACUGAGCCUUGCAGCCUCGUAGUCCCCGCCUGAAAAUUUGCUCAACUCGCCAACAUCACUGGAAGGGUGACCCAAAUAUCGGGCCAAAGUAAAUUUUUAAUGCAUUAA